AUGUCUACGAUUAUACAGAUCGGAUUUCUCGCUCAGAAGUUGACUACGUUGAUGACAAGUAAAGGGCUUGUACUCGAAGUCACUCUUCUCACUGCUAUCCUGAUAUUGGCUCAGGUUCAAUGGAUCACAAACGCAAUAUCGUAUGUCAUUCGACGCAUCCAGGGGUUUGGAUAUCUCAUCUGGGGCCCCGAUCUCAUCGAUGGUGCAUAUCGCAAGGUAACAAUGCAUCAAGAUCAAGUUAUAUCUCCGAAGCAUAACACAUGGCAGGCACACGGGAAACCUUUCAAAAUUUCCACCCCAGCAAACGAUCACCUUCUGGUUACGUCCUUAGAUCUCAUCAUGGAGCUUGUAGAAGCACCACGCCAGCGGCUAUCGCUGCAUGCAGUGGCUAAAGAGAUCCUUCAGCCCAAGUAUACGAUGCAUGGCUUUGAGUGGCAGGAUCGGCGUGGAGUUGAGGGCACGGGCUUUGUUCGUGCCCUUCGAAGUCUUCUUACGUCCCACCUUCAGGACUUUCAGCCGGAUCUAGAGCGACUAGUGAGGGAUUGUUUGGAGAUGGAAUUCAGAAACAUUCGCUCAGAUGGCUUUGCACAUGUAGCACUCUUUCCUGUGAUGAAGAGACUCGUCACAAAAGUCAACUGUUUUGUCUUCUUCGGCGAGGAACUUUCCCAAAACGCCGAGUUCACCGCUGCAGCAUUGGAAUUCCCACAAGAUGUCAUCUUCGCAGCCGAGUUUUUGAGCAUCACGCCUAGCUUUAUGAGACCGUUAGUUGCAUCAAUAGCCACCAAUCGACACAGAGCCGCGAAGACGCUCUACCAGCACCUAGUGCCGAUUGUUGAGCAGCGUCUGGCAGCGAGGGAUCUGCAGCCUCAUAGAAUCACACCGAUGGACUGCAUGCAAUGGCUAAUUGAUACGUCGCCUCGAAAAAAUCCCUGGACGCCUGCGAGGAUGGUGGGUGAGAUCAUGGCCGUAUGGUUCGGAUCCGUGCAUCAAUUGGCCAUGACGCCAACUUAUGCAAUCCAGCAUCUUUGUAGCCACCCUGAAAGAAGUGUAUACUAUAUGCAUGUAUACCUCGUCAGCUACAAGACCACUGACCAUGUAAUGGCACUUCUAGUAACAUGCCGGCGAAAGGCCCUCUCUUCAUACACUUUUCAUGAUGGCUCAACCCUCAGCAAAGGCGACUGGGUAUGCAUCCCCCAGCAAGCCAUGCUGCAGGAUGGCACUCGAUACAAAGACGCCCAUAUCUUUGACGGCUUUAGAUUCGCGCGCGCCAACGCCCAGCUCCAGCAGCUCCAGCAGCUCCAGCCAUGCGCUGAAGUGCCUGACCAGAAGGCAUCCAGAUUGACACAUGUCAGCCCCGAUUGGCCGAUAUGGGGUCUCGGCAAUAUGUCGUGGUGA